AGGAAGGAAAGAUUCGUGAAGUUUUAUCAUUUUAUAAAUGUCUAUCGCAAGGCACAAAUUACUAGACAGUGAAUGAAUGUUGUGUAUUGUAUACUCGCCUAGUUGUGGUUCCGGAGGUUGAGCUUUGGCUCUUUGGUCCCGCCUCUCAACUGUCAAUCAACUGGUGUGCAGAUUCCUGUGCCUACUGGGCUGUAUCAUAUCUACAUUUGAAACUGUGUAUGGAGUCAGCCUCCACCACAUCACUGCCUAAUGCAUUACACCUGUUAACUACUCUGACACUGAUGUGCUUCACUUGGUCAGUCAGGUUGAGGUAAAAAAAUACACUGCAAGGUAUUUGCUAAACUUAAGCCAGCCUUCCUAACAAUGCAGAGUAUAUGGGGUUUUGGCUAUUGAAAAGUGUGCUUUGUUAAAAGUUAUUUUAUGGAGACAAUAGAAUAUUUCUGCAAAUAGACUUCAGCAAAUAAGUUGGUGACAAUGGCAGCUUGUGGUCUUGCUGAGCUGCCAGAGAUUGUGUUGGUUUAUAUUUUACGAUGGUGCAAAGCCCGAGAUUUAGUGGCUCUUAGCUCAACGUGUCAGCUCUUCUAUCAGUUGACAGCUUAUGACCUUCUUUGGAAAGACUUGUGCUGGAAAGAUUUCAGCAUUGCUCAACCUGAUCUUGGCCCCAUAGUUUCAUAUCGAAAGCUUUAUACAAACUUGUUGCACAAGUAUGGAUGUAUUCUGGGAGUAUAUCAGUCUCAAGUUGUUCCUUGUGGUGGACUUGUGGAAAUUAGGUACAAAGCUGGUUCAAUUGAGGGUGUACAGUGGGAAUCUUCACUGGAACAAAAUGUAUUCAACCCACUGAAAGAGUCCAUCAUUUUUACCAUUAUUGGCAAUGAAGAACCUCCCAAAUGUGUGUGUAUUCCCAACAUAUAUCCACACAACUGCACUUUGGAAAUUGAUAAGAGGAAGGGGAUUGUGACUCAGCAUUGUUCCAGCUCUGAAAAACAUAUAACAGAAAUUAGGGAUCAAUCUGGAUUUGAUUCAGUGGACUUUCAUCUUGAACCGAGGCACAUUUAUUUGACUUUCUUAAAUGAAGUGAUUGGAAAUGGUUUGGUUUAUAAGCCACUGAUUUUGCCGACGCCUUAUGAUAUACCGGAUGAUUUGAAGGCAAAAGAUGGCUCCUUUCCAUCCCAGAUAAUAACACCAGGACUAUUCCAAGGCUCUUAUGGAUCACAUGGUCUUGAGAUAAUUCUCUUUAGAUUUAAAGAUGAAUAUGAAAUACAUGGACACAAGGUAACAGGUGAUGUCAAUGUUCAUGCAAACAAAAUCUCUGUUAAAAUUCUGUUAAAAUACCCAGUAAGUCCUUCCAGAGAAGACCAAAGAAGUCUUUCUGUCCUGAUGAGUAUGGAGCCUACCAUGAGUAAUACUCCACUUUCUGCCAUUACUGAACAACACUUCAUUCUUCCAGAUGACUGCCAUCACAAUACUAUUACACCUAUACCUACAGUGUGCAAAGCCAGGUUUCAUGGAUUUGGCCAGAUUGCUUUUAUAUGGUUUCAGAGACCUAGUUUUACACCAGUUCAGGUAAUUGUGUUUAACAAUGAUCUGCUUGGUGUCAUUUGGUUAGAACUUAAUUCUUUCAGUCUUUAUUCACGAAUAAAGAAAACGUUUACAACCAACAUCCUUCAAGUUGAUGAGAGUGCUGUAUGAUUUAAGGUAAAGACUAAUAGUGUACUUAAAAUUUUGUAACGAUAUGCAUCAUUUUCUCAUUCCCUUCAGUAAAGGGCUGUGGGUUAUUAAGCUGGGAGCCUAUAUUCCCAUAUUUUAAACAUAGAUGCUGUACAGUAUAUACACAAUGUACCUUGUACACACUGAAUGAUGACAGGGUAGAAAAUGUUGAAUGUCCUUGUAAAACGAGACCUGUUAAAAGUAUAUAUCAUACAUGAAAGAAAUAGGAGGAAUACUACAUCUUAAUCCGAAAUGUAGAUUGUAGUUUUGGGGGAAAUUGAGUUGGUAACAAAAAUUCCUUGGCAAGGUAUGGAAUGCAAGUCAGUUAAUUGUAAGAUUGAGUGAAUUGAGAUCUGUUGUAUUGAAUAAUUGGAUAAUGAUAUAAUGGGGAAGAGACUGAAAUUGAGGAUAGGAGGAGAACCAAAAGGAUAAUGAACUGACAGGAUGAUUGUGUAAGAAAGCAGAGAUUAAUUAUAAAAACACACAAGAAGCAGUAUGAAGUGGUGGAGUUACCUUGUGGAUGUUUUGCUGGAGUGUGAUUGUGCAGAUUUUAUGUCCUUGUUAGUGUGUAAGUUAUAGUGAAUGACCAUGUCUUUUGGAGGAUUGUAACAUUCUUUCCUAGUAUUACUGUUUUAUUUUCCUUGACCUUAUUGUCCCUAUCUCUUCACCACUAACUCAAGAAUAAUAAUUAUUAUACUUUCCCAUCCCAUAAAAGUAAUAGUGUGGUAAACAAGUUCUGUAGUGCAAUAAGCUUAUAAUGGCUUUAUAACUUUCCAAUUAGAAAACUGGUUGAAAACUUCACAAAUGUAUAUUAUACGCUGAUCAAGUAUGAGUUUUGGCAUUACAGUUACACAAACUCUAUUUUAAUUUAAAUUAAUGUAGUACAAUGUAGAUCUCAAGAUAAAAACAUUUGAUGUGUCUUUGAACUUGAGUACAGAAUAGAAACUGCACACAUUCUUAAACUUGAAUCUUCUUUAAUAAAUAUCUUUACCAAAGAAAUUUAACAUUUUACUUUGUGCUGUUUCAGAAGAACCAGGUUGUAUGCUGUGUGUUUCUGGAAGGGUUCACUUGAUAGCUUCCUGAGUUAAGUGCUGUUCCAGCCAAACCUUAAGGAGAUGCACCAGGCAUCUUGAGAUCCACUCUUGCUUACUGGAAGCCAGGACCAGAACCUGGCUCUCUCUGAGGUGAAGGGAGGCUGGGGAUCUGAAAUCAACCCAAAACUGAGAAAAGAUCCACCAGAAGCAUAAAUGAAUAAGCCACUGUCAAGUACCCUUAGGUAACAAAGUAAAGAAUUGUUGCAGCCAUGUAAACACCCUAACUGGAGCAUCAGACUGCAACAGGUGUCUUCCCAGGAUCUGUUCCUGGCUCUUCCCAGGCUCUGUCCUGGUUCUUCCCAGACUCUGUCCUGGCUCUUCCCAGGCUCUGUCCUGGCUGACUUUAAGAAUUCCUAUCUUAUUCCUAUCUCCUUCUCAUUCGGUGGUUAUAAUAGGAGCUGCCUCGUAUGGGCCAAUAGGCCCUCUGCAGCUCUUAUUAUUAUUACUAUCUCCUCUACUACACCUUACUUUGCUCCUCAGCUCUCUCUUGCCUAUUUAUUGUUUGUCUCUACUUCCUCAUCACAAUCGACUUGAGAAUGGUCCAGGACGGACCAAAACGUCGUCGUCCCUUCACCUUCUAGUGUGUGGUUUGCCUUUGCAUCCCAGAUGUUGGUGGCUGUCUAGCUAGCCUGGUGAAGUGGUUGCCAGUUUCCAGGACUAUGGACUCUGGGUUUAGGGUUCUUAUGUUUGAGUCUCCUGCUGUUAAUUUUCUGGUGUCCCCCUAAGCCUUUUGGUUUCAGACAACUGUUAAUCUGUCCAUGCUCCCUGCCCUAAUUCCUCGCUGCUUAGCUGCUAUUUUGGCUGGCUUGAGGCUUGUUGUAGAUGGAUCAAGUUGAUGGAUCUCUAUGGCUCUGCCUGAAUGUUCCUUGGCUUUGCCACUGGUAUUGCAUUUGUUUAGUAUGCUAGGGGUACCUCUCUGCCAUUGGCCCCACCUCUUUAUUAUUUUCCCACUGGUAAGCCCUGGCUACAUUUUCCUGCUUACUGAUUAGCUCUUUUAAAAAAAUGCAGGCCUCUGCCAAGAGCCAUUGUCAGUUAGCUCAGGGGCUACUGAAAGGGAUCAUCCAAGAAAUCUAGCAUUGAAUGGAAAGAAAUUAUCUUUUUAGGUGGGGCACUUUGUAGCACCCUUUUCCUGCCCAGUUCCUUUCUUUGGUGUGGGGUAGUGGAGUUUUGUUUAGGCAGCUCAUGAGUGGGGAACAGACUGAUUGGGCCCCUGGAUUGUCACUUGUGGCGGUUGAACGCAUCCCGAUAAGGGUGUUUACACUACAGCACAAAUCAUUUGCCUUGUUACCUGAUGGUAAUUGUUGCACUUAUACUUUGUGUUAGGUUAUUUUAUCGAUUUUGCAUUGGUCUCUAAUUCCCAAGCUUCUUGUACAUGUAGAAAGAACCAGAUUCUGGCCUUUGCUUCCAGUAACUGUGGGUCUCAAGAGACCCAGUGCAUCUUCUUAAGGCAUGGCUGCAUCAGCACAAACCUCAAAGAGCUACAAUGUGCCUUGCCAGAAAAAAACAUUUUAUUACGUUAUGCUUGAUAAUUGUAUUUUUUUUUUUUUUUUUUUUUUUUUUUAAUUUAGCUGAUGAAAUAGUGAAUUGGUCUGAGGGUUGUCACUUUUAUCCACUAGGUGUUGAGUACAUCAAAACUGAUAACUUUAUAUAUUAAAUAUUUAUUUUCUC